UAUCAUAAUAAUGCCCAUUAUCCUGUGCGUAACAAUAUUUGGCAAAAGCUGACCCUAAUCGGGAAAGAUUUUUUUUAGCUGUAGGCAUUAAAGUGGAGACAUUAUUCUGAGGGCAUGCAUGGCUGCCUAGCUCUACAAUAACCUCCUAGAGCUUAACCGCAGAGAAAUUAUGAAGAAAUAUGACAGACCAACUCCUAUUACUUUGAUGAGAUUGGUAUAUUGACAGGCACAUAAGGUUACGAGGGGGUAAAAUAGCGAAAAACCUUUUAAUUCAUUGACUUUAUCUUCCGAGUUGUUUCUUAAAGAAGCUCUCAUGUUUCGUGGGUAAAAGUGUUAGUGUUAUUGUGAAAAUGGAUUUUUAACAUAUAACCAGCUUACAAGGUGACAAUUUGAUCAAACUCCAAUCCUGGCACAUCACACGAGACCAGCUCAGGAUGAGCUAAGAUGCCGCAUCAAAAGGAUGAAGCGAUUCAGUCCCAGCGGUCAACACUACCCUGACCCCUCAAUGCCUCCAGAAAAUGUUCCAGAGGUCAUUGAGGGGCAGACCCUCACCAACGAAAGUAAGAAGGUCAAGACAAACCAGUCGUUUGAAUCUUUAUUUGACAGUGAAUCCCUCUGUGACGUGAUUCUUAAUGUGAAUGAUGGACAAUUUGUUUUCAGAGGACACAGAAUGAUUCUUGGAUUAAAAAGUGAGAUUCUGGCCACCAUGUUGAAUGAACUCAAAUCUAGUGAUUCUCAGUCCAGACCAGUUUUGAAUUUGAAGGAGGCACCUGAGUGCAGUAUGGUGUUUAGUCGGUUUCUCUACUUCAUAUACAGUGGGGCUGUCUGGCUUCAUAGGGACUAUGUACUUCCCCUCCAUAGUCUGGCCGAAAAAUAUCAAGUCAAACCCUUAAUCCAACAUUGUCAGAGCUACAUCAGUCAAAUUCUUCUCAAUAUGAUCGAUACUACUGAUGGAUGUAGAGGAUUUUCAAUUGACAUCAUAUGUGACAUUUAUGAAGGAAAUUUGUAUUCUGAUGAAAUUUGUGAUCUCUGCUACAAAGUGCUAUGUGCCAAGUUCCGUGACUUGAUUGCUUCUGAAAGGUGGCCCUUUUGUAGUUGGCACUUGGUGAGUGAUUUACUGAAAUGUGAUGACUGCAAUGCUGAAGAGAAUGUGAUACUGACGUCUGCUACUGAAUGGAUGAAAAGGAACCAGUUAGCCGACAAAAAUCUCAUAGAGGACAUACUAGUCAAUAUUCGCUAUCCACUUCUUCAUCGGAAAGUCCUGUAUCACUUGCAGAAAAAUGGUGUAUUCAAAAACUUCCCACAAGUACAAGAACUUGUAGAGAAUGCAGUGCGAUAUCACUGUUUUAAAGACGUACCUGAAGCAAGGGAUGACUUUGUAGGGGUUCAGUUCACCAAAAGAACUCUCAAUAGAACCAGACCCAACAGUGCUGAAAACAACGGUAUGAACUCACCCAAAACGCUAUCAAGUUCUAACCAGAAUUUGAAUCGCAGUGUUCCCAGUCAAACCCACUGUUCUCCCGCAGUAUUAAUACAGAACCCUCAGCCUCCCCCCGUUGUGCAAAGUCAAAUUUACAGUAACCUUCUGCAAGAAAGUAGGGAGUAUCAAAGACUGUAUGAGGUGGCUCCUGCCCCUCCUUCCCCACCUAACCAACAGACUUUCUCACCCAUCCCUCAAAUGUACAAUGUGUCGUCUGCAGCAAACUAUGUACAAAAUGCUAGUGUUCAAACUGGAGACAGAUCCUCUUGAAUGUGUUCUAUGAUGGCAUAUUUUUAAGGACUGCAGUAUGCAGUGUAUAAUUUUUUUUUUUUCGCCCUUGAUUACAGUGCUAUUUGCAUUUCUUCUCCAUCACAAUAAAUCUCUGUCAAAAAAACUGCUUGUUACAUUGAGUGAAGCUUGUCAAAAUGUUUUUGAUUCCUUUGAAAUUUAUGUACUUUAAAUUACCUAAACAUUAAAUUUGAAUUCAACAUCGAAGAGAUAAUUUCAUUGCUGCUAUUAGGGAAAGACAUGGCUGAAAAUUCACGUAAAUACUUUGGGUUUUUAAUCUGUGUAAACUUUGAGUUUUAUAGAUCAAACAUGACAUUUUCCACUAAAGCUACAUAUAUUUAACAGCCAUUCUAGAAAAACUAGGUGUUCAUGGUUCACCAAAUCAUAUUAGUGCACUUAAUUUAGAAUUAAAUUGAGUGAAACUCUAGUUUGAAGGAAAUCCCAAAUGCUCACAUACCAGCAGAGCUGGAAAAACUAGCAAUGUACCUUGGCUUUGAAGAUUCUUUAAAAGAUAGGAUCUGGGGGACCUUAUGCAAUGGGAGCAUUUUAUCCAGACUUGACUAGCAGGGUAAUUAGAGGCAAUUUGUCUCCUCUUUUCAUCCAGUCUAAACUCUGUGCAGAACUCCUUCACUAACUAGCAAUUAAGCCCUUUUUUUUAUCCUACCAGAACAUUUUUAAAUAAUUUAAUUUAGCAUAUUUGAAGGAAUAUCAAAUAUGUCAGGAAACCUUGCGAGCUUGGUUUUUUGUUUUUUGUUUUUUUUGAAAAGUCCUCAGUGAAGCAUGGGGUUUUGUGUAAUUCAAGGAAAUUGGAAAAUUUGAAGCCAAGAAAAUUUGACCAAUUUGAAAUGCUGCUUUGGGUUUUAUGAUCAGUCAUGCACUUUAUAAUCAUUAUCAGAAGUAAUUAAAGCUUAAAAGGAUUAUAUUGAUCGUCAAUGUACACAUGAUCCUACUUCAGAUACUAUUGAAACAAGUUGUUUUUGCUCAAUAUUGUAUGAACACUAUUGCUUAUGUUGUUUUUUUUAUGUCAUUAAAUGUACAAGAAAAAAUGC